GGGCGAGACGCCGCCUCGGCAAGACUGCAGUGAGAGGCUCUCCUGCCCCUGGGAUUUCCUUCAGCCGCCUCCUUGGAAGAAUCAAUUUUUAAAUUUUUUAUUAUAUAUUUUUUUAAAAAACCACGAACAAACCAAGAAUUUUAAGACACGCCUUUUGGGGAAAAUAACAUUUCUAAUUGUGUGUGGAUAAAUUGGAAAAAUCUUUCCAGCUUUUAGCAUGAUGUCUUACCUCAAACAGCCCCCCUAUGGCAUGAAUGGGCUGGGGCUGGCGGGACCUGCGAUGGAUCUUCUUCACCCUUCCGUGGGGUAUCCGGCCACCCCUCGGAAGCAGCGGAGGGAGCGCACCACCUUCACCCGGUCGCAACUGGACGUCUUGGAGGCGCUUUUCGCCAAGACCCGCUACCCGGACAUCUUCAUGAGAGAGGAAGUGGCGCUGAAAAUCAACCUGCCGGAGUCCAGAGUGCAGGUCUGGUUCAAAAACCGCCGCGCCAAGUGCCGCCAGCAGCAGCAGAGCGGCAGCGGCGCCAAGAGCCGGCCGGCCAAGAAGAAGUCGUCGCCGGCGCGGGAGAGCUCGGGCUCGGAGAGCAGCGGCCAGUUCACGCCGCCCGCCGUCUCCAGCUCCGCCUCGUCCUCCUCCUCCAGCUCCAACUCCUCGGGCCCGGCCGGCGGGGCAGCGGCCUUGGGCAACCCUGCGGGCAGCGGGGCCGCCGGCUCGGGCCCGGCCUCCUCCUCUUCCUCGGCGUCCCUCGGCAGCGCGCCCUCGGCCGUGGCCGCCUCGUCCAUCUGGAGCCCCGCGUCCAUCUCGCCGGGCGCCGUGCCCGAGCCCCUGGCGCCCGGCGGCGCCUCCUGCAUGCAGCGCUCCGUCUCGGGCGCGCCCUCCGCCUCCUACCCGAUGUCCUACGGGCAGGGCGGCGGCUACGCGCAGGGCUACCCCGCGCCGCCCCCGCCGCCCCCGCCGCCCUCCUCCUCCUACUUCGGCGGCGUGGACUGCGGCUCCUACUUGCCCAUGCACGCGCACCCGCACGCGCACCAGCUCAGCCCCAUGGCGCCCUCCUCCAUGGCCGGCGCCGCGCACCCGCACGCGCACCACCCGCUGGGCCAGGGCUCCAGUCACCACCACCAUCACCACCACCACCACCACCACCAGCCGGGCUACGGGGGCACCGGACUGGCCUUCAACUCCUCCGACUGCCUGGACUACAAGGAGCCGGCCCCCGCCGCCGCCUCUUCCUGGAAGCUGAACUUCAACUCCCCGGACUGCCUGGACUACAAGGACCAGGCCUCUUGGCGCUUCCAGGUGCUGUGAGGGACGCCGCUGCGGGAAGGAGGUUUCA